AGUAUAAAUAGCACUCAGUAUCGAGAUAUUUGCUAAGGAGUUCACACUCAAACAAUUUGCAACAAGUUUGCAUAUAUUAAAAAAAAAACAUAUUAAUUUUGAAUUACAUUAAAAAACACCUCGUGUUCGCACCAUGUUCGCGAUUCUCUUGUCUUUGGUGGUAUUAUUCUUUAGUAUAUGGUUGCUAAAUAAAUGGCGGAAAGUCAAAAGUUAUUGGUUAGAAAAGGGGGUGCCUCAUUACCCCCCACACCCCAUCUUGGGAAGUCUCACCUUUCUGCAAAGGGAAAAUCCUUCAAUAUGGAUGAGAAAAGUAUACAACGACUUCAAGGCUCCUUACGUGGGCAUGUGGCAGUUCUGGCGCCCAGCGCUGGUGGUGAACAGCCCUGAGAUCGCUCGCAGGAUCCUCGUGAAGGAUGCCGAUGUCUUCAGGAACAGGUUCCUCAGCUCCGGCAAGAGUGAUCCCGUUGGAGCUUUAAAUGUUUUUACCGUUAAUGACCCUCUCUGGUCUAAGCUGAGAAGACGUCUGACACUGGUGUUCACUGCUGCAAAAUUGAGGAGUCUGAACGGCAUCACCGUCGCCAAGACCAAGGAUUUUGUCAAACGUCUGGAAAUCGAAUCUAAGAAACCUGAACUUAUUGACCUUAGGAAAAUCUGCACUGACUUCACAACUGAUGUCAUUGGGGAGGCAGCGUUUGGUAUCACCAGCAACUGCCUGGCAGACGGCGACAGCAUCAUGAGGAGGGUCACCAGGGAGUUCCAGGCCUUCAACUUACAUCGAGGACUGUCCUGGUCCAGCAUCUUCUUCUUCCCUGAACUGGUCGAUAUAUUUAGAUUCAGUUUCUUCCCGAAGGACACGAUGAAGCUGCUCCGCAAAAUAUUCCGUACGGUGGUGGAACAGAGAGGAGGGUAUGAGAAGGAGGUCAAGGAUGCUAAGGACUUGUUCGAUGCUCUGCUGAAGAUCAAGCAGGAGGCUGACAUGGAAAAUGAAGAAAUGACAGAAGACAUUCUUCUGGCGCAAGCUGCAGUAUUCCUACUGGGUGGCUUCGACACUUCUGGUGCAGCACUGACCUGGACUAUGUAUGAACUCGCCUGGAAUCCUCACUAUCAGGAACGACUAUACGAAGAUGUGCUGAACAUGAAAAGGAAGAUUGGUGACCGUGGCUUCGACUCCACUGUGCUCGCGGAGGUCGGAUACCUAGACUGUGUUAUUAAAGAAACCCUCAGAAUCUACCCUCCAAUGGGCUGGUUGGACCGCAUCGCCACCAAGGAUUACAAGAUCGACGAGAAGCUCACUAUCCCAGCUGGAACUGCUGUCUACGUGAACGGUGUCAGCAUGCAGAUGGACCCAGAGUACUUCCCCAACCCUGAAGUCUUCAACCCUGACCGGUUUCUACCGGAGAAUGAACGGGAUAUCACUCCGUACACGUUUAUGCCUUUUGGAGAAGGACCUAGGAAUUGUAUAGGAAUGCGCUUCGCCUACCAGACUCUUCGCCAAGCGUUAGCAGAGAUCCUACUAAAGUAUGAGAUCAAGGUGAUCCCGGGCACGUUGAAACCCAGAGACAUAGAAAUCGAGAAGAACGGCAUGUUCUACAUGCCCAGCGGGAAGAUGAGCGUACAGUUUGUGGAGAGAGACAAUGAGUUCGUUCGCUAGGUUGUUUUCAGUUUUACAAUAAGUCUUAAAUUAUGUAUAGGUAGUUAUUAAGUUACUCAUAGUUGUAUGCUAAAUUUAUAUGAAAUAAAACUUAAGUUAUUUAUACUUCA